UCCUAAAAAUUUUUUAGAUAGCAAAUCCAACAUUCACUCCAAAUAAUGGUACAGAUAAUUACAUAAUCCAUACUAUGUAUAUACACACACACAUAUAUAAUACAAUUAUACAAACAAUUCAAAACAUGAGAUAAUGAUGAACAUGGCCCUUUCUUCUUCUUCCUCUUCCAAACCCUCUCUCUCUCCUCCUCCUCCUCCUCACCAUCCUCCCCACUUCACUCCUAUUCAAGAAUGCGAUAGAGAAGGAAACGAAGACGAAGAAUUCGAAGAUGUUAGAACAACCCCAAACGGUAGCUGUACUGAUGAGAAAACAGAGUCAGAGUCCUCAAAGCACCACCCAACUCCGCUCCACCAUUCUCAGAACAGAGCCAAAACGAAGCGGCGGCCGGAAUCCGGCGGCGGCGACGCCGUGGAUGACCGCGGAGUCUCCUGCAACAAGUGCCGUCCGAGCAACCGUGAGAAGAUCUCCGUGGUUCCCGUGGACAGCAGCGGCGUUAGCAGGAACUCGAGUGCUAGCCCUAACGGAAUUUUCAAAUCGAUUCUCUCUUCUCUGACGAAGAAGAGCCCUAGGACGCCGGCGGCGGCGGAGGGGGGAAAGGAGGAGCAGUGGAAGAUUGCGGUGGCGGAGCUUUCGCAUAAGUUGAUUCAAGCGACGAGAAAGCGAGACGAAGCGAUUCUAGAAGCUUCGAGGCUGAAAUACUCCAUGGCCGAACUCGAGAAGAAGCUAAACAAGCUCGAAAUCUACUGCCGUAAUUUGAAAUCUGGACUCGAAAUCUGCACCAACAACAAAUCGCCAUACCGAUCGAAGCACAAUCAGAGUCUAACAAUCGGCGAUCACGACAAGGUGAUCGAACACUUCUUGAUCUCCGUCUCCGAAUCUCGAUCAAGCGUUCGAUUCCUGAGUCGUUCGCUCACUCUUCAACUCCGUCAAAUGGGAGCCAAGGUCUACGAUCGAAUCUCCUUGCUUCUACAACCUUACGACAUCAAGUUCUCUCUCUCAAAAAACCCUAGAGCUCUGAUUUUCUACCUCGAAGCUUUGCUCAACCAAGCCUUCUUCGAAGACUUCGAGUCGACCGGGUUUCAAAAAAGUUCCCCGAGUCAAAUCCUGAAUCCGAUUCGACGCUGCGAGUCAAAUUUCACAGCGUUUGGUCGGUUAGAGGGUUUGACAUGGGAUGAGGUUCUGACCAAGGGGACGAGACAUUUUAGCGAGGAGUUUAGUAAAUUUUGUGAUCGGAAAAUGAGUGAGAUCGUGGCCAUGUUCGGGUGGAACCGAGCGUGGCCCGAGCCGCUCUUACAGGCUUUUUUUGGUGCGUCGAAGAGCGUGUGGUUGCUUCACCUCCUGGCUAACUCGGUGCACCCCAGCCUGUCCGUUUUUAGAGUCGACAAAGGUGUGGGGUUCGAUUCGGUUUACAUGGAAGACAUGGGUGGAGACAAGGCUCGGAAAUUGGUCCCAUCCAUGGUUCGGAUCAUGGUCACCCCGGGUUUCUAUGUCUAUGGCAAUGUGGUCAAGUGCAAAGUGCUUUGCAGGUAUCACAGCCACACCAACAGUGAUAGUAGUGAAAGGGGUUUGGCCCCUUCACCUAUAUAAAAUAAAAAAUUUUAAAAAAUAUGUGAAUUACUAUUGUGAUAGUUUAGUUUUGUUAUCUGUUAAGCUUUUGAUAUUUUGAUGCAUAUUUUGUCCUUUUGGUGGAGGAUAUUUGGGUCAAAGUAAAGGUUUGGCCUUUGUUGUUAGUCUUUGUUUUAUUUUUUCUGUGGUCAAUAUUGAUCUUUAUCAAUUUUUUCUUCUCGGGAAAAUUUGUUUGGAACUA